AUGGAUCCUUUAUUUAAUACCACCGACGUGCCAAAUUGGACCACCGGAUCGAACGACACCAAUAACGGCACAGUGUACUGGAACCAGUUUGUGCAGCCAAUCUGGAGAAUUGUCCUCUGGUCCAUUGCGUAUAGUUCUAUAGUUAUCGUGUCCGUGGUAGGAAAUCUCACAGUGAUCUGGAUCAUUAUGGCUCACAAACGCAUGAGGACCGUCACCAACUAUUUUCUGCUGAACCUGGCGUUCGCUGAAGCCUCCAUGUCCGCCUUCAACACGGUGAUCAACUUCACCUACGCCGUGCACAAUGAGUGGUACUUCGGACUGGUCUACUGCCGCUUCCACAACUUCUUUCCGAUCGCGGCUGUCUUUGCCAGCAUCUAUUCUAUGACUGCCAUCGCUCUGGACAGGUACAUGGCCAUCAUCCACCCUCUACAGCAGCGCAUGUCAUCCACAGAGACCAAGGUGGUGGUGGGAGUUAUCUGGGUGCUGGCUCUGCUCCUCGCUUUUCCUCAGUACUACUACUCCACAACGGACCAGCUCCCUGGCAGGGUGGUGUGCUACAUCGACUGGCCUGAAUACACCCUGUGCGACUUCAAAAAGAUGUACUAUGUGUGUGUGGCCAUCCUGCUCUACUUCCUUCCUCUGCUGGUGAUGGGUUGUGCUUACUUGGUGGUGGGACUGACCCUCUGGGCCAGUGAGAUCCCUGGAGACUCUUCUGACCGCUACAAAGAGCAGCUGACUGCCAAACGCAAGGUGGUGAAGAUGAUGAUCGUGGUGGUGUGUACUUUUGCAAUCUGCUGGCUGCCCUUCCACGUCUACUUCCUGCUGCACCAGUUCUUUCCUGACAUGUUUGAAGAAAGGUUCAUCCAGCAGUUUUAUCUGGCCAUCAUGUGGCUGGCUAUGAGCUCCACCAUGUACAACCCCAUCAUCUACUGCUGCCUCAAUGACAGAUUCCGAGCUGGUUUUAAACAAGCCUUCCGCUGCUGCCCCUGCGUCCCGCGAGGCUCUUACGAAGGCCUGGAACUCAAGUCCACGCGCUACCUUCAGACCCAGACAAGCGUUUACAAGACCAGCCGGAUGGAGACCACCGUGUCCACUGUUCUCCAGGUUGGGGAGGACAUGGAGCAGCCCAAGGUCAAGGCAAUAGUGGGUCCAGGGCCUGCUGGGCCCGCAGUCGGGGCCAGACCACAUAGCUCCUCCCUGGACCUCACCUCGAAUGGGUCAUCGUCCCGGAGCGUCUCCAAAACAGUAUCGGAGACGUCCAGUUUCUACUCCAGUAACAACCUGCAGGAAUAGACCUGAAACACGGGCGGCAUUUUGCCGGAUGGCGGUGAGAGCGAGAGAGUGAGUUCACUGUUCGCAUUGCUGCUUUUGCCUGCGUGUACUCCUGCAAAAGCACAGCGUGAAUGUGUGAGUU